CAAAAUCAAUCUCUCAGUUUAAACCACUCCCCGAGCCUCUUGUCGCGAAAGCCAAACCCUCAACUAGACACCAUGGUCAAAUUUACUUCAAUUGCCCUCGCCGUUGUGGGCGCCAUGGCUUCUCUUGUCGCUGCGGACAAUUGCCAGACCGGUCUCCAGUACUGCGGCUACGUCCUCUUGAGGAAAGGAAACUAUUAUGCCCAAAUCACUCAAGCGUUGCACGAAGCGAAGAUGCCGACCGACCCACGGCACGUCCAGAAUACUCUUUUCCAAUGCAUUGGUGGACCGAACGGCGAAAUCAAGAUUAUCAAAUUCUGCGGAGCGGCUUGCCAUGAUGGAGGCAACAACCACAGCGAUACUUGCUGAUUAUCGAUCAACCGCGAGAUGCUCGCGAUUCAAUUAUGGCCCAAUGCUUUUCCACACUCCAAGGAAUCUCGGCGAUUUUUGAACUUUACAUUUUUGUGGUCUGAGUCGUGUACUUCGAUUUUGAUACCUGGUAGAGCAAAUGCAAGAUCUCGCAUAUCAAGGAUUGGA